CAUGCAGUCUGAAUGCAGUAACACUGAUAAACCCUCUAUCUCUACUUCCCCAAACUUCAACAUCUGACUCAUCCGUCUUUCCAUCAGAGUCAUUUUUCUCUUUCUGACAGACGGACAACGCGAGGCAAAUCCGUCGACAGACAUGAAGUCUCUGCUGACACUGUCAGUGUUUUUGGUGCUCAUAAAGGAAGGCAAUGGAGAGAAACCAGUAGUGUCUCUCCUGCCGAGAUUCCCGCAGGUGUAUGUUGGAGACGACGUCACACUCAUCUGUAAAGGAGGAAGAAACCCAACAAAAUGGAUUAAAGAUGGAACUGAACUAUCCCACAACAGUUAUGUCAUGCUUCUUACCACAGUGACACCACACAACAGUGGGCAAUAUGAAUGUGAGCAGAACGGAGAGAAGAGUGAUCCGGUCACCCUCACUGUACUGGCGCUGGAGGCUCUUGCUCAGCUCUCCCCGUCUGUAGGAGGCUCUGUGAUAACCAAAGGAGAAGGAAAAAACCUGGUGCUGCAGGUGGACGAUGCUGAAGAACUCAACAACUGGAAGUGUUUUGCUUUUCGUGGCGAGAGCGGAUUCAGAUUUAAUGGAAUUGAUGUUGAUAAGAAGAUGAAGAGGGCUGUUAUCUUUGCAGAACUCAGAGAUGCAGAAAGAGCCACUUUCUGGUGCAUGAAUAAAAACGCAACACAUCGAAGCAAUGCUGUGACACUGAAGAUGACAGAUAAACUGGUGAUGUUGGAGCCUCCGGCCGCUCCAGCGCUGCUGGGGGAUUCUGUGGCUCUCAGGUGUUUGGCCUGGGGUGCAGAGAAAGUGGAAAAGGUAACUUUCUAUAGGAAUCAAACAAAAAUCGACAGCAUCAAUGCAGAUACAUACACCAUUAUUGCCAAACAAGAAGAUACCGGCAUGUACUACUGCCACGCCACCUACAGGUACAGUCACAUCGAUUCAGCAGCUGCAAAAAAGGAGGGAGAUUCUGACGCCCAGUACAUCAAAGUUAUAGAUGGACCUCCUGCUGCAAAUAUUUCAGCAUCUGGGGACACCCUUGAGUGUUUCUGUCCUAAAUGUUCCGAUAACUGCACGUCCUACUACUGGUAUUACACACCAUCUAAUGACAUGUACAGCCGCAGCAGACUGCCUGAAUACAGGAAAACCAUAAAGGCUAGUGAAGGACUGUACUGCUGCCGGAUGAACUGUGGAAAAGGUUUCUCCCGUUUCAGCCAACUUUACAGCCACGGAGGACAAUCUGGGUCAGGAAAUGCGUUGCCCAUCAUCCUGGGUCUACUUCUGUUGGUCAUUGGGUUGUUGAUCGUGGCGUUGGUUGCGAUGAAGCGCAGAAGACAGGGGGAAAGCAGCAUUCAAGCAGCCAAAGAUAAAGACAGGACAACAGGUGGAGACUAUGAGCAAAUCCAUCUCAAAGAUACUGCGGUUUAUCACACUCUGGGUGAGAGCAAGGACAAGGCUGAGGGGGGAUACGAGGCCCUGAAAAAGACAAAGGAAGAGACGGUGUACCACACACUGGGAUCUGGAGAAGGUCAAAGUCAGGGUGAAGGUGGGUAUCAGGGUCUCGAGAGCGUCAAAGCCGAGGUCUACCACACACUGGGAUCUGGAGAAGGUCAAAGUCAGGGUGAAGGAGGGUAUCAGGGUCUUGAGAGCGUCAAAGCCGAGGUCUACCAGACACUGAGUUCAGAUGCCUCCAAAAAAACAGAAGGCGAAUCAGGGAAAGGAUGUGAGCAGCUCUCUCAGAAAGCCGGAGAGGCCUUGACAGAGGAGGAAAAUCCAUAUGAAGAACUGAAGGCUGAGAAACAGAAAAAGGAGUCUAGCAAAGAGACAGAAUGAGGGAACCAGGAAGAAAACUGCCACAUUAAAGGGCUAGUUCACCAAAAAAUGACAAUUCUGUCAUCAUUUACUCACCUUUAACUUGUUUCAAACCUGUUUGAGUUUCUUCUGUUAUACACAAAUAAAGAUAUUUUGAAGAAAGCUGCAAACCUGUAUUUGUUUUUCCUACUAUGCAAGUCAAUAGUUACAGGUUUUCAGCUUUCUUCACAAUAUCUUCAACAGAAUUAAGAAACUCAUAAAGGUUUAGAACCACUUGAGGGUGAGUAAAUUUAUAUUUUUGGGUGAACUCUUCAUUUAAUGUUUACCAACAGGCAAAUGAUUAAAUAGAUGAUCUUUAUAAAUCCUUGCCUGUACUAUAGCUAUACAACUAGUGCAGGUUAAUAUAUGAUCACUUCUAUGAAUUUUUUUUUUAUUCUCUCAUUCCCGAUUGCUUGUCCUCAUGUAGUCCCAGAUGUUAAGGACUAUAUUAAACAAAACAAAAGAUUUUUCCAAAAACAAUCCAUCCUAUUGUGUCCAUAAAGUCUGUAAGCUUUAAAAGUCAAAGUGAGGUAUCCACUUCUGACAAUUAAAUUGAUUCACAUGCCUUUCUUUAUUUUAAAUUGUUGUGGGUUUCAUAUUGCCUACUAAUAUUUGAAUUAAUACAUUACAUUUAAAAAUAGCAAAUAAAAAAGUCAAAAAUAGCAAACAGGUCAAAACUUUGAUGCAAGUAUAUUGAGCAUAUUGUUGAGCAUAUGUAUUGUGCAAAUGUAUUUAAUAAGCAGAUUUCUUUUAUACUUUUUAAAAGUGAGAAUCUGCAGGGGCACAAUUUUUUAAGCACCUUACAAUUUUGAGAUUUUAGCAUUUUUCAGUAUAAAAAAUCCAAAUUACACUUUAAAAUUGUUAAUUCUAUAACACUUUUUCUGUACCUUUUUCAUGACAGUACAUAUUU